ACUAUAGGGUUGCAGAUACUGGGCAGCAGUCAAAUUUUUUGAGAACGCCAUUACAUUUGUGGAAAAAAAUAAUAGACCAAAAGGCAAAGGGGGUAAGUGAAAAGAAAAGUUUUACCAAAACCAAUACCAAGCCACCACAUAUGUGAAAUGUCUUGAUCAUUGGGAUUCUCAUAGGGACAAGGGAUGGAAAGAGAUGAAAAAAAAGACCAGGUAAUGGAGGGAAAAAGGUUAGAGAUGAAUGGGUUGAUGGAGAGUUGACAUAGACAAUGAGUAGAACAAGAGAGAUAACAAGAGGAAAAGGGAAAGUAGAUGUGUUCUGGUCAUCUAUAGAACUUACGAGUACUGACUUUUUCUGUUCAUCAAGUUGAGGCUCUAUAUAUUUCAAUGUUUAUUGAAGUCUUGGUUGUGAAGGCGAGACUCUAAACAUCUUCUAGGUACACAACAGAGAGAGAGAGAGGACCAUGGAUCCACGAGUAUACGAAGCUGCAAUUAUAGGGGAUGAAAAUGCCCUUUCCAUGAUGGAAUCCAACCUUCUUCUGCAAGUGAGCCCUCAAGGAAACACAGUGGCUCAUAUCGCAGCAAGCUUAAGACACUAUUCCAUCUUGGAACUUCUUUUGCAGAGGUGCCCGUCUCUUCUCUUCAAGCCAAACUCAAAAGGAAACUCUCCUCUCCAUGUCGCAGCAAGUGCUGACCAAUUAAACAUCAUCAAGUUCCUUUUGGAAUGCAAUUCUAAAGACAUCGAAAGGGGCGAUGAAGGAAAUCAAGAACAGUUCUUGAGGAUGCAAAAUACAAAUGGGAACACAGUCUUGCAUGAGGCCAUGGAAAACAAUCAUGAAGAGGUGGCUUGGACCCUAGUUACAGAAGAUCCAGUAAUGUCACAUUUGGUUAACAACGGAGGGAUUUCCCCUGCUUAUUUGGCUGCGGAAGCUGGCCUUCUACCACUUCUUGAGCACAUGUUGGGGCUGAUGACCGACUUGACAUGGAUGUGCAUUGUCUCUGUUGGUGCACUAGAACCAGAGGAAGAAAAAAAACCUUAUCCGAACGAAGUAAUAGAUUAUUACAAAGAUUGGGUUGACACUCUAAUGGUGGUUUCAACUCUUAUUCUGACAAUAACCUUCACCGCCGGUCUCACAGUGCCCGGUGGCCUUAAAAGUGAUGGUCGAGACGAAAGUAUGGCAGUAAUGCUUAGAAAGACAACGUUUCAAGUUUUUAUGCUCAGUGAUACCACAACUAUGUAUUGUGCAGUCAUUGUUGUUGUAUGUCUCCUUUGGGCAAAAAUUAGAGAUCUCCAGCUUAUACUGUAUACUGUGAACACUUUUGCUCUCCCCUUUCUGUCUAUAUCACUUCUGCUGAUGUCCAUAGCAUUUGCAGCUGGUGUCUACUUAAUAAAUAAGAAUGUGGAAAGAACAGCCUACUACCACCAUCUAUCUGACUUCCUUGCUACCACAGAGAGGGAGAGAGAGAGAGAGAGAGAGAGGGCUGCUAGAAUGGAUGCAAAAUUGUAUGCAGCUGUAGUUGCUGCUAACAUCAACGCCCUGUCACGAAUGGAAUCUGAUAUUCUCCAGCAAGUAAGCCCUCAAAAGAAUACAAUAGCUCACAUUGCAGCAAGCUUAGGCCAUUACCCAGUGAUAGAGCUUGUCUACCGACGUUGUCCAUCUCUUCUAUACAAGCAAAACUCUCACGGCGACACUCCUCUCCAUGUCGCUGCAAGAGAUGGGCAACUAAGAAUUGUCAAGUUCUUCACCGAUUUGCAUAUUAGAUCCAAAGAAGUUGAUGAAGAGUUAGAUGCAGUAGUAGAAGCUCGAGAGUCCAUGAGAAAAAGAGAUGUAGAGGAAAACACUCCCUUACAUGAGGCCAUACAAAGCAUUUGUACUAUCAAAAGGAAAGAGGGUACAGUAGAGAAGCAUGAAGAGGUCUCCAAGAUGUUGGUUAAGGCUGAUCCCGGGCUCUCUUAUUUGCGAAACAAAGAAGGGAGCUCACCGGCUUAUUUGGCUGCCGAAACGGGUCUUCUACAACUUCUUAAGUUGAUGUUGGAUUUGCUUCAUGAAAGUUCAGACCUGCAAGAAUGGCAAGGAGCCAAGACACCUCUCCAUGCUGCCAUUUUCAGGAGCCACCGAGAGAGCAUAAAAGUAGUAUUGAAGUUAAAGCCACAACUCAUCAGAGUAGCAGAUGAGGAAGGGACAACUCCUCUUCACUAUGCCUCCUUUAAGGGAGAUUUGGAUGGGGCUAAGGAGUUGCUAAACAUGGAUAUUUCAGCUGCCUACCUAAGUGAUAAGAUUGGCUACUUUCCUAUCCACAUCGCAGCCCAUAUGGGACACAUUCACAUUAUUCAACUUUUUGUUGAACUGUGUCCUGGUUCUCGGGAGUUGCUCACUGAACUUAAAAAAGAAAACGCAUUACGUGUUGCAGUUAACCGUGGAAAUGAAAAUGUGAUUAGAUACAUUCUCAAAACCCCCAAGCUUGAGAAGCUGCUAAAUGAGAAGCAGAUGGAAGGAAACACACCUUUGCAUUUGGCAACCAUGGCAUGGCUUUAUAAAUUUGUGUAUAUUCUCACAAGUGAUGGUAGAGUAGAUCUAAGCCUCACAAACAAUGAUAAAUUGACAGCUCUCGACAUUGCUGAGACCAAGGCAAGCAAUGAGGUGUCAACAUUCGAAAAGGCCACAACAUUGAUUGUUUUGUACAAUGCUGGUGCACCAAGGGCAAUGAACCAACACAUCAUCAAAGAACUGAAGCAAAGUAAAAAUCAUUUCCAGCGGCGAUCAGCAGAAUAUUACAGUGACUUUAUUGAUUCUCUUUUGGUGGUGUCAUCUCUUGUUCUAACUGUAACCUUUGCUGCUGGUUUCACAAUGCCUGGUGGCUUCAAUGGUGAUAGCCCAAAUAAAGGAAUGGCAACAUUGCUUAGAAAACAGUUGUUCAAAGUUUUUGUGAUCUUUGAUACCAUAGCAAUGUACCUUGCAGUCAUUGCUAUUAUAUCACUCAUCUGGGCAAGAACAGGAGGUGUCAAACUUGCGAAUACUGCCACCAAUAUCUCCUUGGUUUUUUUAGCUACAUCACUUACAAUGAUGUCUGUAGCAUUCACAGCCAGCGUCUGUGUGGUAACUAGUGAAAUUAGUUGGCUAUCUAAUGUGAUAUUGGUCUUCAGCUUUAUCUUCCUUGCUUGCAUGGGAAUCUUAUUUCUUGCAUCAGCAAUACCAAUUUGGUCCAGGUUUGGUCUCCAAUACAUGAUGUCUCAUUAUAAUCUUCGUAAAUGGUUGUCAGCACCCACGAGUGGUGGCAAAUGAAGCAUUGAAGCAUUCCCCUCUUUUAUUUACUGACAAGUUAGAAGUCUCAUUCUCUAUAUCUCAUUUAACUCAGGGGUGGCCAAGGUGGUCAUAGAUAUCUCAUUAGCUCUGUUAUGCAUGGGGGGUUCUUAUCCUUUCAAGAAGAGUUUCCUAAAGAGGUUGAGAGAAGGCAGCUCAACUAUUGUUCCCUUUUGGGUUGGGCAUGAGAGCAUUAAUGUUUGUGUUUUUUUUUAUUUGGUGGAGGAGUAAGGCUGGAUGUUUUCCCACCUCCUUUUUGUACUUCUAUUAAUUUUCUUUAUGAUUGGCGUUCUAUGUUACGAAAUAAA